GGAACAGGAAGCCGGAAGUGACGUCCGGGACGGGGAGGCGCAUGCGUGGCUCCGCGGAGUGGCGAUGGAACCGGCAGCGCCUAGUUGACCCAGAGCGGGACCCCCUCCAGCCCUCGCCCCGCCUGCCUGCCGGCCCCCUUCGCUGCUCGGCGCCACCAGCGGCAUGACCAGCUCGCCGCCCGCCUCGGUGAGCCUCUCCGCCGCUGCCUUGACCGGCGCUUCGCUCGCUUUGGGGAGGGGGAGGGAGAGAGGGGGCGAAUGGGCGGGGCUUCCAGGGGCUCAGCCAAUGGCGGAGGACGUCGCGAGGUGACCUCUGUGCAUGGUGGUGACCUCACGCGCGUCGCGGGGGUCUUUAAUGAGAUGCAAAUGAGUUCAGCCCCCGUGGGUGGGCCUGGGGACGGGGGUUGUCUCCGACCAUGGCUGCCUAUCUGCUACUCUUCCCCACCCCCGACUCUCUCUUUUCCUACACUUGUGUGUCCUCCAGUGCUGCUUUUCUUAGGAAGGGGGAAUAUAGUUGUUAAAUGGUAGUGCUAGUUUGAUUUUUAUGAAACUUGAUUUAUAUACACGCACACACAAUUUUGUUUAUGAUAGCAGCAGUAGCAAGAACAACAACAACAACAGGGCACUGGCCUCGUUCAAGUGCUCAAAGUGUUUCAUGUUAGUAUCCCUGUAAUCCGCUUUAUAUCUGCAGAGAAACAUUGGGAGAGGCUGGUGUUUCUGCCAGGGCUAUUUUGCCCUUUGCCGGUCAAGGGAGGCAGGUUGCAUUUCUAGAAUGUGCUCCUGCCAAAAUCAGAUGCCUCUUGUUUCUUGCACAACCUUGUGCAACUUGAGCUCUGCCUCUGUGUGGCAAGGCACUCUUGCCUAAUCCGAAGGGUGGCUUGGUAGGACACACCUUUGCCCUGUUAGGUAGUACACUGUACAGAUACCUCCAGGCAGUUUCUACUAGCAGCCAAGGUGAGCCAGAGUGCGGUGGCGGCGAAGAGAAGUGUGGGUUUGCUGCUUUCAGGUGCCCUCUUGCAUUCCCCUCUGCUAUAGGGUGCUUCAUCAAGCUGUUUUUCUAGUUUCUGCAUGCACACUCACACUUUCACUUACCCUUUCAAAGUUCCGCUGGGAAUACAUCCCAUAGCCUUCCCAUGGCGAGACUGUUAUAUUAGCUUCCAAACCUGAGACUUUGCCUGGAUUUGGGGCUGUUGGGCCUGAGCCUUUUGGGUGAUACUGUAUGGUGGACACCUACACAGCUUGCCUGUUUCUGUGUUUUCAGUCCCAGAUUCAAACAAAUUCUCUUCUCUCUUCACACUAAGCACCUCUUUCUGUCCCCCUUGGCUGCAUAAUUGCCCUACAAACACAGAAACUGCUGCUUUCAGCACCCUGAUGGUAUCUCUCUUUUUCUUCCCUAAAGCUAAGCAGCUAGUGCUCAUGGCUAUGUUUGAUGAAGACUGAAGGGAACUGAUGAUUUGGGGUUGACUUCCAGAAGUCACACAUGGGGCUUCUGUACCUUGUGACUACCAAUCUCUCCUAUGAACUAUUGAUAUCUACUGCCCAUUUUCAGCUCUACUGCCCACCUGUGCCCCAUUCCUGUGUUUUGCCCUAUCUCCCUGCAUCCCAUUUCUUGUCUAUGUACUCCUUUCCAUGGCCACUAUCCUAAGAGGAGCCACAUUCUCUUGGGAGAUGUCCUAGAAAGUAAAUACCAGCCCAGCUUGUGCACUUCCUUGCUGCAGAACUAUGUGGAUGGCACAGAUAGCACUGGCCACCAUGGGUGGAAGCAAGUUGGUUAUCAGGAUGAUAGCUUCCUGCAUUCUGAUCCAUUGAGAUUAUAGUUGUUUGCCAUGCAGUUUGAUUGUAUCUCCCCUUCUGCGCCGCCACCCUCCCCCUGCUCUAUAUUGCAAAUAAGUGGUUGAAAUGUCCCUUGUUCACUUGUGCAAAUGGCCCCUUUGUCAAUUGCUUUGCUCUGGGAGAUUGUCUUCUGCUGCCUGCCUUCCCCAGAACAAUUUCUUUCUGUGCAAAACCUGGACAGUUCCUUGCAAGCAGCCCCUGCAGCUGCAGUUCCCUCCAGGCUCAGUUCCUUCCUUCUCCCCACCCCCCUUGAACGCCCUUUCCCCUUCUCUGCCUUAUCUCUGCUGCCAGGUUGGGGCUAGUUUGCAAAAAGAGACUCCCUUGAUUAGACGCUGACAGAGCAAGGCAGCAGGUCUUCCUCUCCCCUCUAGCAAAGACAUCUUUCUCCUCCUCCUCUUCACUGGGUCCUGGGUUGCAAACCUCAUUGAGAUGGCAAAGGUGGUGCUGCAGGACAGUCAGGUAAGAGGCGUAUGUCUCUCCAGGCCUCUUUGCGGGUCUGCGGAAAUAUUUCCAAAUCUUAACAGCCAUUUUGACAGGUCUGAAGGUUUUCUGGCCUUGGGUUAUUGUCCAGGACUUCAUAUUUCUCUCCCUGUCUCUCUUACCCACACACAUGCAUACACAAUCUCUCUUUUCAGCUGUGUGUGUUAUGGCAUAUUUAGGGAUGAAACUUUACUGCAAGAGACAGACCCUACUGAGGAAUACUUCUAUCUGCAAUUAGGACUCGAUAGGCCCUUAACUGAUAAUGUUUGUCUUAGUGCUAUCUUGUCCUAUGCCCUGUAUGGCUCUGCAGGCACCUUUUCCUACAGGGCCCUUGCUAGUUCCAUGUGCUGCUUACCUGCGUUGCACGACCUGGUCUUUGGGGGACUCUUGGGAAGCAGAUGACUCUGCCCCUUGGGGCCAGUUGUGCUACUGAAUAAUCUUUCUUUCAGGUCUUUGACACAUGUGUUCUUUGCCCUGAAGCCUGUCAAGGGUUGCUGGGCUAGGGCUGGUCAGGUCAGGCAAUAAAAAUGACAUUAGUAAUAGUUGUUUGUGGUUGUGCCAACAAUGUUAUGGUGCUUUACAGCACAACAAAGGGAAAGGCGGGCCCCUGCCCAGAGAAGCGUAGAAUUUUAGAUCUGACACAAGGGAUGCAGGAAAGAGGGAUGGGUAUCUAAUUGCACAUUGCUCAGCUAUCCGUUAGGGCUGUUCCUUUUAAUGCAGCGAACAUUGCAGAAGGCGUCUGCCCAGGUAAGUUCCAGUGUGGGGCUUCCUGGGAUGCCUUCUGUGUCCACUUCCAUGGCUGGACUGUACCACCCUGCUUGGCAGCCCCUUUGUGAGGAAAGGCUUAGCUGGUGCAAGCUUUCUCUUAAUGUAGGGUUUUGCGGGGAGAUUGUGGAAAUACCACCAUAAUAACCCUCCCUCUUUGGAGUAAUUGGAUACAUUUCUUCACAGGAGAAGAAUGGCUUGAAGAAAGAGACUAUCCGCGUGGGAACAAGGAAAAGCCAGGUGAGGUUCUUGUCAUUAGCGUUCUCUUGCCUGCCUGCUGCUUUUCUCUCUCUGCUUUUCCUGGGUCUGCUUCUUGCAAAGUGUUCGUACAAACAGGACUGUGCAUUGACCGGUGAAUGGAUUUGCAUUGGGACAACAGUGCAUUUUCUGUUCCUUUUCUAGUAACCAGGUUGGAACAGAGGAAGGCAGGGAAAGACGGCUGGUGCUGAAGAGAGCAAGUCCUGGAACGAAGUGUAUUCUUGAAGAACUGGGUUAUAGGGGUGGAUAAUAGCAAUAUAUAAAAAUGCCUUAUGAAAAGGACAAAGAACUAUUCUGGCCUUAUGUCCCAGGAGGGGAGAGCUCAGAUGAGCAUUUGGAGAGGCUUCUUAAAGGCAAGAGCAGUUCUAACACUGAAACCAUGGUGGACUCUCCCUUGGGAAGGUACAGAGCUCAGUGGUGGAGCUCUUGUGGUUCAGUCCCAGGCAUCUCCAGGUAGGGCUGUGAAAGAAGACUCCCCGCCUGAAACCCUGGAACAAUGGCUGCUAGCCAGUGCUCACUGAACUGAGCUAGAGGGAGCAAUGGUUUUUCUUGGGAUAAGGCAGUUUCCUGUAUUGCCUCUCUGGGGUCUUUAGGCAGAGGCUGGACAGUCCUUUCUUAGAGAUGUUGCUGGGUUUUCUGUACCAAGCAGAGCUUAGACUUAGAGUCCCCCACUGCUGCCGCAGCUCUUAAUGGCUGCUGUGCAGGAACUCACAUAUUCUGGGAACUAUCCUUGCCCUCCCCUUCAGUAAUAGCAAAUUCCAAAUUUAUAUUAGGCUAAGUAUGACAGGAGCUGUGUUCCCAAAUGUGCAUCUUUCUGAAUUAUAUUUCACUCAGUGCUGCUCCUCAAGGCUUUGUCCCUUUGCUACUAUUGCUGUAAUUUGCUAGCAGCCACAGGGUUUCGUUUGUCAGGCUGUUACUUAAGUGUUUGUCAGCUGUGCUACUUCCCUGCUGCUCAUUGAUCUUAACGAUCUUAAAAGUUUUCAUUCGUAUCCACCUGGCAAUUAAUCCGUACUUCUCCAGCUGAAUUGCUUUGGUGGUGUUGAGCAACCAUCUGUUCCCCUGACCUUUCUUUUGCCAGGAGGAUGCAAAGAUUUCCCCAUGGGCCACCCUAGCAGGAGCAAAGAAGUACGCCCAAGAGCCAAGGCUGGGAGGGGCAGACUUGUAAAGAAAGAUAAUGCUCCACCCUUGUGGUGGAGAGCUAAUCUCCCAUCUGCCUCCUGUUGUUGAGGCUGGUGGCAGUUCAGGAAUAAACCCAGAAAGCCUGUUUGUAACAGGGGCCUAGGAUGGGGCGGCACCUCAGGGUGUGAAAGAUCUCCUUUUCCCUAGAAACCCUGUCCUGGGGGCCAGAAGUGGGUCUCCACUCCUUCUCUCAGAACAUAAGAAUUGCCCUGCAGCCGGGUCACGUCCAAGACCCGUCUAGUCCAGCAUCUGGUUCUCACAGUGGCCAGCCACAUAAUAAUAAUAAUAAUAAUAAUAAUAAUAAUAACCAUUCCUUCCUUCAUUCCUUCCCUGCCCAUCUGGCUGAGUUUCCCCAGCCACUCUUGGAGCCCACGAGAAGGACCUGAGUCCAGCAGCAAUAUUUUCACUAUUGCAAUUCUCAGCAACUGAUAUUCAAAGGCACACAGCCUCCAACGCUGGAUGCAGAACGCAGCCAUUGUAGCUAAUAUUCCAUUGAUAGCCUUUCAUCCCUUUUUAUAGCCCCUGAAAUUGAUGACCAUCUCUAUGUCUUGUGGGAGCAAACCCUGCAAUUUAAUUACGCUCUGUGUGAAGAAGUCCUUCCCUUUGCCUGUCUGGAAUCCUGCAACACUUGGCUUCAGUGAAUGGUAUUUCUGCAGAGCUUCAUUCUGGGAUGUUUGCUGAGCACACAUCAGCUGCGCUGCUGCCUCUGCUUCCUUUGUGGGCUCUGAGGUGCCUUUUCAUUCUCUGACUGGCUCAAGCCAAGUUUGCUCUCUUCAUGCCCGGCUUUUUUUCUGUGGCUCCCGAAGCUGGGGGGGGGGGGGGAGAGCAGAUCACAGACAUGAACCGGACCCAAAACCGAUGAGCAUGACGUGCAUAGGAAGUGGGACUGGAAGUCUCAUGUCUUUUGAGCUCUUGUGGGAGCAGCAUACCGGAGCAAGAAUCUGCGCACAAGUCUUCCUCUGACAGCAGGUGCAUUGGGCACACUUGCCGUCUGCGCCUUUUGGGUCAUAGGUAGGGCACACUGAUUGACUUUGCCUUCCUUCUCUCUGAAAUUGCAGCUCGCCCGGAUCCAGACGGACAGUGUGGUUCAGAUGCUGCAGGAGCGCCACCCUCACCUCUGCUUUGAGAUUGGUGAGUGCGUGAGGCAGGAAGCCUGGGAAUUAGGUAUUGACCAGGUGCUGGGGGAGAGCAGCCUUAGGUGCACAGACAGAGUGCUGCGCUCUUCUGACCUGGUGCAUGGAGAGGAUGGGCUUGUGUGGCACCUAGCUUUGUAUUAUUAUUAAUAAUAAUAAUAAUAAUAAUAAUAAUAUGACCAUUCCUUCAAGACUCACAGGGUGGCUUACCAUGUAAACCCCAAAAUACAUAAUAUUUAUUUAUUUAUUUAUUUAAUACAUUUAUAUGCCUUUUUUACCUUUUUUACCUUCCAAUGAGCUCAAGGCAGUGUACAUACAGUAUUUUUCGCUCUAUAACACGCACCCGACCAUAACACGCACGUAGUUUUUAGAGGAGAAAAAUCCGUAGGCAUGCCACCCGUAGGCAUUCCCUCCAUAACACGCACAGACAUUUCCCCUUACUUUCUAGGAGGAAAAAAGUAAGUGUUAUGGUGCAAAAAAUACGGUAGUUCUCCUCCCCAUUUCAUCCUCUCAACAGCCCUGUGAGGUAGGUUAGACUAAGAGUUACCCAGUGAGCUUCAUGGCUGAGUGGGAAUUCGAACCCUGGUCUCCCAGGUCCUACUCCCAACCCAUUAUCAGUUAUGCCACAUGUUCAGUAGUAGCAAACAUAAACAAUAUCCCCCACCCACACAGUUUAAAAGACCAUAGAUUAUUUAAGUAGCCAAAGGUCUGGGAUAAGAGAGAUGUUUUUGCCUGGUGCCAGUUUGUGUCCUACCCUACUAAAGCAGUGAGCAGCUAGGAAGUCCACACAUCGCUCACCCUUGUUGUGGCUCAUGUCCUACUGGUGUUUGUCAUCUUUCCUGAUCUCCCCUCUUCCUUCUUUCCUUCCUCUCUCUCUGAAUAGUUGCCAUGUCAACCACAGGUGACAAGAUCCUGGACACAGCUCUGUCCAAGGUAAGCAGCCGUAUGCUCCCUGGGCUCAUGACACAACCAGAAACGGAUAGAAAAAGCAGCCCAGGUUGUAACAUGCUCUUUUCCCAUUUAGAUUGGUGAGAAAAGCCUAUUUACGAAGGAACUGGAAAAUGCACUGGAAAGAAAUGAGUAAGUUCUCUUUGGCUGGGAGGUGCGGGAGAAAGCUCUCCUUGGCAGGCAAUGCCUGGUGGUGCCCUUGGCACUGGUGCUUUUGAUCUGAGCAGGAGUCCACGUCCUGGUAGGCAAUGGAUUCUUCCAGAGCCAGGAAGUCUUCUCUUGAGCGAAAGCGUUUCCUCUAACCCAGCGUUGCAGCUUGGGAGUCCAGCAACUGUGGGGAGGGGGAGCCCAGUCCUGGCGCAUAACUGGGGAGAGAGAGCUCUGAUGCUUCCUGUAAAAAAAUGGGUGUUUUUCCUGCUCUUUCCUGAAACAUAAGGGCCUGAUGUUUAAAACUGUGUCAGCAAUCCUGAGCAGUAGGCCACAUUGAGACUGACAUUCCCAGGCCCACCCAGCAAAGCUUCAUAGCCAAGCAGGGAUCUGCGCUGCGGUCUUACGCUUCAUAAUUGCUCUCUCUCUGCCCAUCCUGGGCCCGUAAGGUUGGCACACCCUUGACCAGCUCAUUUCUUCCCUUCCAGGGUUGACUUGGUGGUUCACUCCCUGAAGGACCUGCCCACAUCCCUCCCACCUGGCUUCACCAUCGGUGCAGUUUGCAAGUGAGUUUGGGCUCCUCUGCUUCCUUCUGCCUGACUGGUGCUCAGCGCACUGGCUCUUGGUCCAUCAAAGUUUGCCCUGGCCAGGCAUCCACCUUCCCUUUUCCAUGUGUUGCAGGAAUUUAUGUAUAGGUUGGGGCGGGGUGCCCCUCCAGCAGAUAUCAUGCACAUGCAGCCCACUACCAAAAUCAGCACAAUCACUUUUGUGACUUUUGUGAUUUGUCCCCACAAAACACUUCAUCACAGUUUCUUCCUAUCUAUUCAAAGGGCCUUUGCUGCACGAUACCAAAUGUAACAAUUCACUGAUAAAUGUAUCUAUGUACUGGCUCACUGGGAAAACUUCAGAAAUGCAUAUAGACAUGUGAGCUCAGCUACUCACCAGCCCCUCUGCCUGAGUGAUAAUUCCUGGCAUCCUGAUCCCUGAGUGCCAGACAGGUAGCCAUUCCAGAAAUAACAAACCCAGAUGAAGACAAACUGGUGUGAUUAACUUGGCUGGGAAACAGGGAAAUGUAAAUAUAUCUUUUGUUACACUUGAUGGGUGUUUGGUGGAGGGCAAGGAAAACCAUGGGGCAGGGUCCAGGAUGCUCAGAUUACUGCCACCAGACCUCCCCUUUCAUGAUGUAACCAUGAUGUAUUAGUGAUGUAGUUUGGGUGGGUGUAACAUGGGAAUUAGCAGCUAAUAAAAGUUGGGGGGCUCUUUUGUUCGGGGCUUCCAUCUUGUUCCGCCUUGUGGCAGGUGGGAGUCCUGUCGCAACAGCCUUCAAUAAAGACCAAGCCUACUGGCUGCUGUUUUGCUCUGGUAUUCCUGGCUGGUGUCCUUGUUUUUUGUCCAAGGGAGCCCUGAGAUUUCUCCGUUAACACAUGUCAGCUGUUGGUCCCUGUGGAAGUGGGUAUGCCCACCAAGCCACCUAACUUCCAGAGCAUCAGAUGGGUAACGCCUUCUUUAACCCAUCUCAACUGGCCACUGCCUUAGGCCAAGUGGUGGCCUUUGCUGUGAACAGACAAAAGUCCGGGUCAUGGAGCCUCCAGCUGUCUCUUUGCAAGAAACUUGGAGGCAGCUGCUGCUGCAGCCCAGCUGACCUGCUCCCUAAAAGGCAACUCCAUCUGUCCCUUGCAGGAGAGAGAGUCCGUAUGAUGCGGUCGUCUUCCACCCUAAGCAUGCAGGCAAGAGCCUCCACAGCCUCCCUGAGAAGAGGUGAGUUUCACUUGUUCCUUCCUUGGGUUCCAUCUGGUGUGCAGGGAGGGCUGAAAUUAGCAUUUUGCCCCAGCUUCAACCCCUCUUGGGUAGCAGUGCUGAGAGGCGUCCCUGCCUGCCUGAGGUCUUGGCCAGAGUUGACACUUUGCUGCCAGGAAAUAACAGCACAUGGUCCCGUGUAGACAAUGUUUGUGCAGAGGUGUCCGGGGGGACUGUUCCUAACUCUGCUCAGACGGGUGAGGCUGACCAGUCCAGACACUUCUUUGACGCCGUUUUCCUUUUGGCUCUCUGGCAGCGUGAUCGGGACCAGCUCACUUCGCCGGGCAGCUCAGCUGAAGAGAAAGUUCCCUCACCUGAAAUUCAGGGAUAUUGUAUCCUUUGAAAAUGACCCCUUGGCUUAGACUGGCCGUUGAAAAGCCUCUGCACUCAAAUCAGCUUCUCUUGCCACCACGUUUGAAAAGGACACCUUGUGAGGGGUGAAUUUCCUAGUGGGGAAUGUGGCCCUUCCUUUGAAUACGCAGCUUCUGUUAUAUCGAAGCAGGUCUCAAUCGUUUGUUGGCCAGGUGGGAAAAACUGGCCUGCAAUAUGAUAACUUUUUCAAGGCCACGCAUCCCUGGCUUGGCUUUGAAUCCAGGGCCCAGCAGCCACUGCUGAGAUGAAGCCUGGAGGCCUGGCAGAGGAGCUAAGGUCUUGAGCCGCCUUCUCCCCUGCAGAGAGGGACUGUGGUGUUAGAACACCCUCCCUGGUGGCCAGCUCUGGAAGUGCAGGCCAUGGGCCACCCAACCAGGGAUCUCUGUGGUUUUCCCUUAAUCCUUCUUGUAGAGGGGAAAUUUGAACACUCGCUUGAAGAAGCUGGAUGAGAAGGAGGAUUUCAGCGCCAUCGUCCUGGCAGCGGCUGGCCUCAGGCGGAUGGGCUGGGACAGCCGCAUUGGUCAAGUAAGUGGGGCAGAAGAGAUUGGGAUGAAGGUUGUUCCCCGCCCCUGCCCCUCCAUCGUGCCCAGGGAGCUUCUCCUCCUUGUAUCCUCAGUUUUUGAGAUGCUCACUGAUGUCUGCAUUCCUUCGGGAUAUAUAAACUGAAUGAAUUUGUGAAACGCCCUGAGAUGUAUAGGGCUGUAUACAAAUUUAAAAUAAAUAAAAUAUUUUGCUCCUCCUUUGUUCUGAGCAUCACCAACCCUCAUUCUGCUUUCCUCCAGGUCCUGAGCCCCGCAGACUGCUUGUACGCAGUUGGGCAGGUAUGUGAUGUGCUCUCCGUUCCGGCCCUGCUGUGUGCGCGAACAGCUGAGCCUCCCCAACACACCCCUGCUUCUUGAGGGUGCCUUUCGCUCUUUCUCCAACUGCUCCUCGCCCUCAAAUGAGCAUCCCAAAGUCAGGCUAUGCGCACCUUCCAACGGAUUCUCUCCAGAGAGCAAACUCUCAUCUGGUGUGAAUCCCAAAGCUGGAAGGUUAAAUGGCCUUGGUGCUCCGAGGCUGCGCCCCUUGCCCUGGUGGGUACCAGCUUCUGCAUCCUCCCAUUUGUGCAGGGAUGGCUAACCUGUAGCCCUCUAGAAUUUGUUGGCCUACAUCCCCCAUCAAUCCUGGCCCAUGUACUGUAAACUGUAAAAGUGGGUUUCCCCAAAUUUAAAAAUCACUCAAAAUGUUGCUAAGCUCUUUCACUGCAUGCCUUGCUUGCCCCUUGUCCAAAAGUAGGUGAAAUGUAUGCAUCGUGGGAAUCCUUGAAGACAUGUUAUUUUGUCUCUUGGAAAUCCCAGCAACAAAAAUACCAAAAUCCAUCACAGGGCAAUUCCUUUCUAAAGCCAACCAGAAUGUCACAAAAUAUUGUGCCAGCUUUUGAGUCCCCCAGAACUUUUCAUUGGGCUGGAUCAGAGGUUUUCAACCUUUUUGAGUCCAUGGCUGUUUUCUCCAAAUACAUUCUUUUUGCAGCACUCCUGUGGGGCUCAGGAGCCCAUUUAUGUCACCCCUUGCUAGCAGAGCUGAUAGCCUCUCAACUUUAUUCAAACACCCUCCUUUGUGGAGUGUUCCCUCAGCCUCCUCUCCUCUCCCCUCUCCUUGGGAGUCCUCCAGGCAGCUAUUGCUGCUGCCCGUGGUUUCUGAGCUGCCCCCCCCCCGAGAGGUGCCCCCCAGAGGCACCAUUCACCGCAGAGCUUAUAGCCAGGGCUGCUGCAAUAAGCAGUUGUGCAAACCUUUGGGAGGCAGAGCCACAAGAGGGCAUCAGAGGAGGAAGGGAAAGAAAGAAAGAAAGGAGGCCAGAGGCCAGUGUUUCUUGCGGCACCCCUGACCAUCAUUCAAGGCACCCCAGGGUGCCACGGCACACUGGUUCAAAACCACUGGGCUAAAUAGUAAAGAAAACACAGAAACUUAAAAGCUUGCACUAUAUUGUGACAUUUUGGUUGACCUAAUAAAGGCAUUGGCAUAAUAUGGAUUUAGUAAUUUUUCUUAUGGGUCGGUAUGGCUGGCUUCCCCUAAGCAGUUUUUAGCAGGGGCUUGUGGGAGAGGGGUAUUGGAUGCUUUGGUGGUCGUAUGUCUCCAUCUCAAGCUCAUGCCUGCUUUACAGAGUAGAGACCCUGCUCCUGUUGUUCUCUGGCUGCUGACCCUGGUCAUUGCAGAGCAGAGGCUUUGAACGCUGUGGGGGGUGCGUAGCCACUAGGCUGUUCUAGAAGCUGAGAAGGGCCUCUUUCCCUGCUCCUCUUCCUUUCUCCAGGGAGCCUUAGCAGUGGAGGUGAGAGCCAGGGACCAGGAGAUUCUCGAUAUGGUGUCUGUCCUGCACGACGGUGAGACGGUGCUGCGCUGUAUUGCAGAGAGGGCCUUCAUGAAGCACUUGGUAGGUUUCAGGAAGUGCUUGAUCGGAGGCCACAGCAGCCACCUGCUUAUGUGGGGUGCUUCCUUCCCAGGGAGGAGUUCAGGGAUUUAAAAAAAAAAAUAGUUCUGAGUUGCAUUUGUUUCUCAGUUUGAUCCUUUCCCAGGGUAUGCAUUGUGACUCGCAGUUAUUAUUGAUAGUUUAUUGCAAUUGUUAAGAGUGAAUUUGUUUAGUCAUUAUUUGUUGAUGUUUUGAGUUAUUUUAUUGUGUCCCAUUACAGUCAAACAGAUCAUUGAAUAUUACUUUAUUUGAUAUGUCAUUCAUUAAAGUUAUGCCAUGUUAUGGCUUUUUUAAUUGGAUCAGGUUAUUACAAGAGGUAUGUUCUUUGUUGUAUAUUUUGUUGCUGUGAACCACCUUGUUUAGUAAUAUAGAAAAGCGGUAUGCAAAUUAAAAGUGAAAUGAAGAGGGAGGCUUGGCAGUAGCAGCCGUGUCAUUCACCUCCCCAACAUUUUCCAUUCCAGGAAGGCGGCUGCAGUGUCCCUGUGGCAGUGAACACUGUGCUGAAGGACUUCCAGGUAAUGACAAUUCAGAAUACCAUAGGCCUUGUUUUUUCCAGCCAGCAGCCAGGCUGGGUCUCUCUUAGCAAUGGUUUGUGAGCCUCUCCCAGCAUUGAAAGCAGUUGGUGGAGGGAGAAACCUGUGCUGAAUGCAAUAGCCCUGCUUGGUAUGAAGGGAAGUGUUCCCUGGCUGAGAUGGAGCAAAGAACCCUCGAAGCAGCAAGCUCACAUUCAUGACAUGUGACCCACCUUCUUGGCCUUCCACCUGCAAUACAAGGAUAACAACACUGGCCUACUCUGUAGGGUCGUUGUAAGGACCACCAGAAGAUAAUGCAUGUAAAUUACUUGGAACAUUGGGUCCAAAUGCUUAAUAUCAACAGACUAGGUGUUUGCUGACCAGGGAUGGAGAAUCUGUGGUUCUCCAGAUGUUUGAUUCCAGUCCCCAUCAUCCUAUUGGCUGUGGCUGAUAGUAGUUAUUAAAAAAAAUAAAUUAUAAACCACUUUAAAAAUGCUGAGUUGGCAGUCCCACCACUUCAGACAUUCAUUUCCCUCUUGACUGGAUCAGUCUGAGCACUCAUCCUGGAAGAUUUGGUAGUUCACAUAAAAGUUUUAAGUUGCUGCUUCCAGCCUGAUAAUUCCCUCCUGUCCUUCUAGGACCCUUCCUUUUUAAAAAGGUGACUUAAUGCUGAAUCCCGGACUCAUGUAGAAGACGUCACACACUGCCUAUGGCAUCCCUUGGUUUUCCUGCACCUUCUCCAAAGGGAGAGCUGUGUGUGGUGGCUGUUGACAUUUUCUCUUUUAUUUUCCCUAGUUAUAUUUGACUGGAGCAGUCUACAGCCUUGAUGGAUCAGAGAGCCUACGUGAGACCAUGCAAGCAAGCAUGAAUUAUUUUCCACAUGAGGUACCUGCUACUGUAUUGCAAACAGCACAUUUUCUAGGCUUCCACAUAGGGGAAAACCAGGCCCUUGUUAUUCUUUCUGCUUGGCUCCUCCCAUGACAUAAGAGAGAGAAAAAACCCAAUAAAACUACAUCUAAGCAAAGUGUGGGGAGCUUUUGGCUGUUUCUGAACUACAGUUCCCAUCAUUCCUGGCAAUGGGUCCUGCUUGUUCAGACUGAUGGAAAUUGUAGUUCAGUAAUAUCUGGAGGGACAAAGCUUCCCCACGCCUGAUUUAAGCUUUGUUUCAUAUUAUAUCCAAAGCAGAGACUGUGGCCUGUUGCUCCCAAACAAGCCACUGUAUGUAAGGCAGCAACAGACCCUAAUCCUGGAUUUCAAUGUUAACAGGAAGCAAAGCCUAAGUGCAACUUCCUGGUUUGCUUCACAGGAGUGAAGCAGGAACUAUUGCAAAGUAUGCAGUAGCAUGCUGCUCAUUCACACUAAACUAUGGCUUAUUGUAAUGUGCUAACAAGCUCAUAGAUGUUUUGGCCAAUAGUGACAGUCACACUUGUUCAGCCUCCUCCAUUAAAAGACCAGCUGUACAAUCCUAGCAUCUUGUUUAUAUGGGUUGUUGUCCCCCCCCCCCCCAAUCUUACUGCAGGAUACAAAACCAAUGUUAAAUUUGAGGAGGCUCACUAAAAGGACCCCUGACAGUAAAGUCCAGUCGUGAAUAACUGUGGGGUUGUGGCACUCAUCUCGCUUUACUGGCUGAGAGAGCCAACGUUUGUCCACAGAGUUUUUCCUGGUCAUGUGGCCAGCAUGACUAAGCCGCUUCUGGCGAAACCAGAGCAGCGCACGAAAACUCUGUUUACCUUCCCGCUAGAGCGGUACCUAUUUAUCUCCUUGCACUUUGACAUGCUUUUGAACUGCUAGGUUGGCAGGCGCAGGGACUGAGCGCAGGGAGCUCACCCCAUCGCGGGGAUUUGAACCACCGACCUUCCGAUCAGCAAGGCCUAGGCUCAGUGGUUUAGACCACAGCGCCACCCGUGUCCCCCACUAUCCUUCAAAUAAAUGUGAAUCUUGAAUCGCUGCCUCUAACCCUAAAAUGGCCUAUUGCUAGCUAAGGGAUUUUGCAUCUUACUUUUCAGAACGAAGAUGGCCCCAACGAUGACAUCCAACAUGUUGGCAUCACUGCAAAAAAUUUCUCUCAGUCUGCUCAAGUGGCUGCAGAGAAGUUAGGCAUUCAGGUGGCUGAGCUCCUCCUGAGCAGAGGGGCAAAGCACAUCCUCAACGUGGCCCGACAGCUCAACGAUGCCUGAUGGGGGCCUGCCUUGGAUGUCAAGCUCCUCUAGCCGUUGUCCUUCAUGGAAGCAAUGAAGUCUGUCGCAAAUCAACCACUGCCCUCUCGGUGAAGGGAAUCUUAAUUUAUUAUGGUAGCUACGCCACAGUUCACCUGUGCUGCUAAGGACUGGCUCAUGCUGUAGCCUCCAAUGGAAGAUUCAUGCUGGCGGGGAUCACUCCCUUUAACACACAGCCUGAAUUUUGAGAAAGAGAACCAUUUAAAAGAAGUUGGUGCCUUCAUUGAUUGCUGUAAGGAAUAAUGUAACCUGGUACAGUUGCAUAGAAUGAAGUGUAUAUUUUUUUUAAUUAUUGCCAAAUGGAUUAAAGAGAUUUAAACUGAAA